CCCGCCCCACCCUGGCAGGAGUCGGAGCUGGCGUGGGGAGGUGGCCUCGCUGACCGGACGUCCCGCUGACCGUGGGCCUGCCACAGUGACCAUGUCUGCCCACGGGACCGAAGCCGAUGCCAGCGCGCAGGGGACAGCUGAAGAACCGGUGCCACAGCCCAGCGUGGUGGACCGCGUGGCCAGCCUGCCCCUCGUCAGCUCCACCUGCGACAUGGUGACCGGCGCCUACGCCUCCACCAAGGAGAGCCAUCCGCGCGUGAAGACGGUGUGCGACGCGGCCGAGAAGGGCGUGAGGACCCUCGCGGCGGCCGCCGCCAGCGGGGCCCAGCCCAUCCUGGCCAGGCUGGAGCCGCAGAUUGCGUCGGCCAGCGAGUACGCCCACCGGGGACUGGACAGGCUGGAGGGGAGUUUGCCGAUCCUGCAGCAGCCCACGGAGAAGGUGCUGGCGGACACCAAGGAUCUUGUGUCAUCCAAGGUGUCGGGGGCCCGGGAGAUGGUAUCCAACACCGUGGCCAGCGCCAAGGACUCCGUGGCCACGCGGGUGACAGAGGCGGUGGACGCCACCCGUGACGCCGUGCAGAGCGGCGUGGACAGGACCAGGUCCGUGGUGGCCAGCGGCGUGCACUCCGUCAUGGACUCCCGCGUGGGCCAGAUGGUGUUGAGCGGGGUGGACACGGUGCUGGGCAAGUCGGAGGCAUGGGUGGACAACCACCUGCCCAUGACGGAUGCCGAACUGGCCCGCAUCGCCACGUCCCUGGAGGGCUUCGACAUGGCCUCGGUGCAGCAGCAGCGGCAGGAGCAGAGCUACUUCGUGCGCCUGGGCUCGCUCUCCGAGAGGCUGCGGCAGCGCGCGUACGAGCACUCGGUGGCCAAGCUGCGGGGCACCAGGCAGAGGGCGCAGGAGGCGCUGGGGCAGCUGGCGCAGGCGCUCAGCCUGGUGGAGACCAUGAAGCUCGGAGUGGACCAGAGGCUCGCAGAGGGCCAGGAGCGGCUUCGGCAGCUGUGCGUGGGCUUCAGCGAGAGGCCGCUGCCGGGCCCGGAGGACGCGGCCACGCCGGAGCAGGUGGAGUCGCGGGCGUUGAGCAUGUUCCGGGGUGUCACCCAGCAGCUGCAGUGCGCCUGUGCCUCCCUGGCGGCCAGCAUCCAGGGGCUGCCCAGCCAGGUGGAGGAGCAGGUGCAGCUGGCCCGCCGCCAGGUGGAGGACCUGCAGGCCACCUUCGCCGCCGUCCACUCCUUCCAGGACCUGUCCGGCAGCGUCCUGACCCAGAGCCGCGAGCGUGUGGCCAAGGCCCGCGAGGCCCUGGACCACAUGAUCGAGUACGUGGCCCACAACAGCCCCGUCACGUGGCUCGUGGGACCUUUCGCCCCGGGAAUCGUGGAGAAAGCCCCAGAAGAGAAGGCGUAGGGUGAACGCAGAGGUGAAGCUCCGUCCCCCCGUCCCGGUGGCUCCGGCAGUGACCUGGGGGUCCCCGGCCAGGGGCUUGUGCUGAGCCUCACCCGAAAGACGUUUCUAGAACGUUCUAGAACGUUCCUUCAGGGCUCUCAUUGUCCGAUCCCGCUGCUUUUCCUUCAUCAAGGCCCGCAGAGACCGGCCUUUAGCCAAUGUACCCAGGCUCCCGGUGGGAGAAGCGGCCUCCCAGGGACGGGGUGGACGUGAGGCUGCGGGCCCUGCUGGCCAACCCAGGUCACCACCCCGCUGGUCACCUUUGCCUUAAUAAAUCUCACCUGCAGCUGA